UAUAUAAAGAGGAACCAAUCAACAUAUUCAUCAGAUUUGUUUUCUGGUGGGUCGUUCUUGAUUUCCGAACCAAAAAAAAUUAGCUCUUCAACAGUUUGACUGAUUUGGAGCUUGUCCGAGAGACUGGGUUUCAACCAUGAAUCACGGGUCAUUCUUAGCGGUGUUUCUGCUCCUUGCGUCGGUAUCUUACCUCGCCAAUGGGGACCGCUGGAACCAGGAGUCACAACAGCCACUCACAGACUGGCAGGUUAGCCUACUUGCCCAAGAUCUGCCGGACGAGCUACGUACACUCUAUGAGCAGAUAAUUGAUCCCAACGUGGAUGAGAUCAACAAAGAAAACUACAUCUGGCGAAGCUUUGAGCUCCUCAAAUACAGGAAGUACAGACGUUAUAGUUGGUUCUACUACUGGCUUCUCGACAUCAGUGGGUCCGACCAGCAGCAACUCGGCAGGCAAACUCCAAAAGGACAAGGGGGACGCACACCACCGAACAUCGGGGGAUACACUCCAGGCGGACGUACUCCGCCAAACAUGGGGGGACACACUCCAGGGGGACGCACACCGCCGAAUCUCGGGGGACGCACGCCCGGUGGACGCACUCCAAAACGCGGCGGACAGAGACCACGACAGAGACAAAGACAUGGAAAAGGUCACGGACGCAAUAUUGUAUAGAUGAACAGUCGUAAACGGUUAUCCAUUAAAACAAAUUUGAAUACCAUGCCCAAUGUGUGGCAGUGGGUACCCCCUCCAACCCACGCAAUUUAUGCUUAGAUGAACAGUCGUAAACUGUUAUCCAUUUAAAAUAAAGUUAUAAGCUAGAGGACUUCCUGCCCCGAAAUGUUCCCAUAAAACACUCUUGUCCUCAAUGAAGACAAACUAGGGGUUCACCUAACCCUAUAUAGGACUCUUCCUAUGUACUGUAGUGGGGACCCUGCCUCAUGUUGAGCACUACAUGUAGAUUCAGCAAUACCAAAAGAUUAAUGAAUCAUAAGGGUAAACUAAAAACCUGAAUAAAACUGUAUAAGACAAGCUUUCACUUCACAAAAAAUAAAACAAGUUCUUUCUGGAAGCAAGAGGACAAGCUACAUAUAAAAACACAAAUAAAUUUUAGAAUCCUCGCAUUUGCUAAACUUUAGAAACGCCUCUGUCAUUUCACACUUUGCCAGUGAUCAACAUUUGCACACCUGAAGUAUUAAUAAGCAUAAACAGAUUCAGAAAUUAAAUUCAACUGUAGUGGAAGAAAAUGUUUAGUUUUUAUUUUAAUUUUUAAUAAAACAAAGAGAACAAACAAGAAGAAACAGUGA